UAUUUUCAAUAUAUAUCAAAAUAUUUUUGAAUUUAAUGAAUGAAAUAGAUAAAUAUUUUUAAUUUAAAAAAUGUUUUCAAAAGGCACAUUACUAGUUUACCACCAAUACCUGAUUGGGCCGUUCGCGUCAAGCAUGUGGAUUAGAGCCGUUCUUAAAUUCGGGCCUGUAAAAUGCUACAGCCCAGGUGGCUUAUCUCCCGAUUCCAAGUUACGACUUCUGAAUCGCCCCCGAGUUCCGGCAAUCUACCGGCCGCCGUCCGCCGCCAGGCGGUAAUUUAACUGGAAAGUUGAAUGGAAGAGAAAUUGAAGUUGCUGGCUUUGAUUGGAGCUGGAGCUUUUUUCGGCUCUGCUGCUACUGUUUCUCUCUUGAAGCUUUUCCCCAGGGCUGUUACCCAUGAGGAUACCAAAGAGGCAAUUACAGCAAAUGGUACUAAUCCUGUCCUAGGAAAGAAGCCCGCAAUGACUCCGCCUGACUUGCUAAGUGAUGAAGUAGUUUGUGAACAAUUAACCAGGAAUAUUCAAUUCUUUGGGCUUGAUUCCCAACAAAAAGUUACUGCAUCAUAUGUUGUGGUAAUUGGUCUAGGAGGAGUUGGGAGUCAUGCUGCAGCUAUGCUUUUGAGGUCUGGUGUUGGCAGGUUACUGCUUGUGGAUUUUGACCAGGUGACAGUUUCAUCACUGAAUAGACAUGCUGUUGCAACAAGAGAGGAUGUCGGUACCCCAAAAGCCUUUUGCCUUGAGAAGCAUUUUCAAUCAAUAUUUCCAGAGUGUCGCGUCGAUGCUAAAGUUCUGUUAUAUGAUUCAUCUUCUGAAGAAGAAAUCCUUUCUGGCAAUCCUGACUUUGUCUUGGACUGUAUUGAUAACAUUGACACUAAGGGGUUUAAAAGUAAUUUCCGCAACAGGAGCUGGGGCGCGUCUGGAUCCCACUAGAAUACGUGUGGUUGACUUAAGAGAGUCAGCUAAUGAUCCAUUGUCUCGAGCUGUAAGACACCGCUUGAGGAAAGAUCACGGCAUUGAUAGUGGCAUUCCAGUAGUUUUUUCUUUAGAAAAGCCGAAAGCCAAGCUGCUCCCAUUUCGAGGAACAACUGGAGAGGAAGAAAACCCUUCAGAUUACCAGAUAGUACCGGGUUUUAGGGUUCGCAUAAUUCCAGUUCUAGGACAAAUACCUGCAAUUUUUGGGCAAGUCAUGGCUUCGUACGUUGUGACACAACUUGCAGGGGUGCAUGUUCAGAUGGAGCCUGUCGUCAACUUUGACAUGGACCAUUACCAUACUCUACACCAGCGUCUCAUCGAGCACGAAGAGUUGAUAUAUGGGACAUCCAUGCAAGUUGAGGUAGAUGUUGAAGAAGUUAGGUAUGUAGCUAAAGAGUUAUGGCAUGGGAGAAGUGCCAGGGACCUCACGGCUAGAGAUGUUGGGCGUGCAAUGUGGCGCUCAAUCAACGAGUUGAUGCUUGUCAGAUGGGAUAGAACAAAGCCAGCAUCUGUGUCAAACUUGAUCCUUUUGAGAUUCAAUGAGGCGGAAGAACACGAGUUGAAGACGGUUGAAGAAAUAAAGGAGAGAGAGCCACAAUUCUUUGAUAGGGUGGUUUCUGUGUUAAAGGGAGCAGAGUUGGAGUUCGGCGUCAUCCAUUAAAGCCUUUUGUUUUCUUCUUGACACCAGUUAUUUAUACAUCAAUUGAUUACACCAGUUCGUUGGUAAAAAUGAUCGUUAUAGAAUUAGUCUAUUUUGACUUCUUUUUUGUCAAAUUAAGACACUGUUUGACU